AUGGAUAUGGGAGUCAGCAUUAACAGGACUAAUGAUCUUAUUGUGAUACAUCCCUGCUAUAAAAUAGAUGCCUCUUCCGUACUGACAAGCAACCCUUCCGGAAUAUGUGUAUUGUUACAUAUUUUCCUUGGCUCAUUAUCUGUUGUAACUGUAUGUGGAAACCUUCUUGUAAUAAUCUCCAUCAUUUACUUCAAACAGCUCCACACUCCUACUAACUACCUUAUUCUCUCUUUGGCUGUGGCUGACCUGUUUGUUGGUUUUUUAGUCAUUCCUCUCACCAUGGAAUUCUCAGUAACAUUAUGUCGGUACUAUGAAGAUUUAUUUUGUAAAGUACGGAGCACCUUUGAUGUAUCGCUGUGCACAACUUCUAUUCUGCACCUGUGUUGUAUUUCUAUUGACAGAUAUUAUGCUGUGUGUCAGCCUCUAACCUAUAGCACUAAAAUAAAUGAUCAUGUUGUUGUCAUCAUGAUCUUGGUUAGCUGGGGGGUUUCUGUCGUAAUUGUAAUUAGCUUCAUAAUUGUAGGAAUAAACCAAGAAAAAUGUGCCGCAACAUGUUUAAUUAAUGCUAUAAUGGCAAACAUUUUUGGACUUAUUUUCUCAUUUUACCUCCCAGUGAUUCUAAUGCUGUGUAUCUACUUUAAGAUUUUCCUAGUUGCACAGAAACAGGCACGCAGCAUCCAGAACACAACCUGUCAGAGCAAAAAGUCUGGAGCAACUGUCAGUAAGAAUGAAAGAAAAGCCACCAAAACUCUGGCUAUCGUUAUGGGAAUCUUUUUGAUUUGUUGGCUUCCUUUCUUUCUUUGUACUACCGUUCUUUCUUUCAGUCAUGUCUAUGUCCCACUUCCUUUGAUUGAAUUACUUAACUGGCUUGCACUGUCAAAUUCAAUGCUCAAUCCAUUUAUUUAUGCUUUCUUUUACAGCUGGUUCAGAUCAGCUUUCAGAAUGAUCAUUUCUGGGAAAAUAAUUCAAGAUGAUUUUACCAACUCAAAACUGCUCUGA